AUGAUAUCCUCCGUUACCCUCAACAAUGGAGCAAGGAUGCCUAUUGUGGGUCUGGGAACAUGGAGGGCAGAGCAAGGAAAGGUCACUGAGGUGAUUAAGGUGGCGAUACAAGCUGGUUACAGGCACAUCGAUGGCGCUUACGUGUACCAGAAUGAAGACGAUGCCGGGGUUGGAAUUGCAAUGAUUGACGAAUAAUUGGUUAAGAGGGAGGAUCUAUUCAUUGUCAGUAAGUUGUGGUGCACCUUCCAUAUUCCAUCUCUGGUGAGGGGAGCCUGUGAGAAGAUGUUCAGCGACCUGAAACUGGACUACCUGGACCUUUACCUCAUGCAUUUCCCUAUGGGAGCCAAGGCAAUGGAAAAGCUGGUGGAUGCUGGAUUGGUGAAGGCUAUCGGCAUCUCCAACUUCAACAAAGACCAGAUUGAAGCCUUGCUCAACAAGCCGGGUCUCAAGUACAAGCCUGCCACCAACCAGAUUGAGUGCCACCCAUUCGUGACCCAGGAGAAGCUGAUCAACUACUGCCACUCAAAGGGCAUCUCAGUGACGGCUUACAGCCCCCUGGGCUCCCCUGACAGACCCUGGGCUUCUUCUGAUGAUCCCUCUCUGCUGGAUGAACCUCGGAUCAAGGCUAUUUCUGACAAGUACAACAAGACUCCAGCACAGGUUCUCCUCAGGUUCCACAUCCAGAGGAACGUGAUCGUCAUAGCCAAGUCGGUGACACCCCAUCGGAUCAAGGAAAAUGUUCAGGUUUACCAAUCUUAACAAUUUCAGACUUUGAAGAUUGACUUCGAUUUGAGUGAAAACGACAUGAAGACAAUGAUGAGCUUCCCCGAGAAGAGAGCAUUCGCACUAAAGUGGUGAGUAGAGGCAGAUCAGCUUAUGCCUGUUAUCUCUUUAUCACCAUUUAUCUCUUAUUCUAGGCUAUGGAGCAGGCUACUGGACCCAUUUCCACUAUCUAAAGUAAAGC